AUGGUUGUUUUACAAAUAAAGCAAGAACGAACUUACGGUCUACGGUUAUCAACUCAGAACGUCAAUGCACAGGGGUGUUUAAUAAAAGAAUAUGAAUUCGACCCCGAUGUAUGCACCUUUCUCAAAGAAAUCCACUUCAUGAACUCUUACUGCAAACGUGUUUCAGCUCAACUUUGUUAUCAGGAAACAGACACAGGCGAAUCCACUUGGGUGGAACUUUUUAAAUUGGAGCUAAUGAAGAAUGCCCACUUGCCUCGUGGUGCAUGUGCUCACGUUAAAAUAAUGCUACCUCCAACAUUUGAGACAGUAAAGUCCACAAAACGCUUACUUAGAUUACGCGUACUAUUACAACAACCCUCAACAAUUUGGAAGGAAUUCACGAUAAAAAAUUUGCAAUUGUUCGACGAAUACCUAGUUCACGAUAAAAAAGAAACUACAGGAGAUGGUGAGGGUCACAACACUUCGAGUGUGAAUGAAGCACAUGAUAACUUAGGAACACUUUGCAGUCUCAUCGACUAUAAGCAAGGAGCACGAAGUUCUAGAUAUGUAAGCAAACCAGAUAUCUCAGUGUUAACCAAUGGACACUUUGAGACGACAUGA